UCCUCUUCUCUGCAAUCGCUGAAGUUAUCAGGAGAAAUAAGGUAGUCGGGAGACCACAUGGAAGUUGUGACAGCUCCCCGGGGCGUCCCUUUGGGAGCCUGCACCUCGGCUUAGGGACCUCAGCUGACUCGGUGAAUGCAGGUGCUGCGGAACCAGCCAGCCAGGAUGGGCCACCACUGCUGCAAGCCUUAUAUUUGCCUUCAGUGCCUGGACAAAACGAGCGAAAGGGCCCUCGCAAAAGAGAAAGAGCUGUCGAUCGAACUCGCCAACAUCAGGGAUGAAGUGGCCUUCAACACCGCCAAGUGUGAGAAGCUGCAGAAGGAGAAGGAGGCACUGGAGCGGCGGUUCGAGGAGGAGCUAAGGAGGUUGGGCUGGCAGCAGCAGGCUGAGGUACAGGAGCUGCAGGAGCGGCUGCAGCAGCAAUUCCAAGCCGAGAGCGCGCGUCUGCAGGCAGAGCACCAGGACCAGAUGCUGCGCAUGCGCUGCCAACACCAGGAGCAGGUGGAAGACAUUACUGCCAGCCAUGAGGCUGCCCUGCUGGAGAUGGAAAAUAACCACACCGUCGCCAUCACCAUCCUACAGGAUGACCACGACCACAAAGUCCAAGAACUGAUGUCUACCCAUGAAUUUGAGAAGAAGGAGCUGGAAGAAAACUUUGAAAAGCUGAGGCUGUCGUUACAGGACCAAGUGGACACACUAACCUUUCAGAGCCAAUCUCUGCGGGACAGAGCCCAGCGCUUUGAGGAAGCUCUAAGGAAAACCACGGAGGAGCAACUGGAGAUCGCGCUGGCUCCAUAUCAGCACCUGGAGGAAGACAUGCAGAGCCUGAAGCAGGUGCUGGAGAUGAAGAACCAGCAAAUCCACCUGCAGGAGAAGAAGAUUAUCGAGCUGGAGAAGCUGGUGGAAAAGAACAUCAUCCUGGAAGAAAAGAUCCAGGUACUCCAGCAGCAGAACGAAGACCUCAAAGCAAGGAUCGACCAGAACACGGUUGUUACCAGACAACUGUCGGAGGAAAAUGCUAAUCUCCAGGAAUACGUGGAGAAAGAGACCCAGGAAAAGAAGAGACUGAGCCGAACCAACGAGGAACUACUUUGGAAGCUCCAGACUGGGGACCCGACCAGCCCGAUUAAACUCUCCCCGACAUCUCCGGUGUACAGGGGCUCCUCCUCUGGACCCUCCUCUCCAGCCAGAGUCAGUACCACACCUAGAUGACAUCACCCUGCCACCCACAGGAGCUCAAGCUUCUGUCCGUCCGAGGGAGUGCUGGCCGGUGCUGGUGGCUGCCCUGUGCGCAUGCUCAGUAGCUGCAUACUGCAUCUUAGGCAGAGUCCUCUCUGACCCUCGUGUGAGACCGUCCUGGUAUUGGCGCUUAGGAAGGCGUGAGCAGCAGAGUCUGGUGUCCAAAAGCAAAACACAAAAACAAAACCAAAAUGCUUUAGUAUAGUUAGAAGCAAAAGAGAAACAGCUCCAAUUGUUCAUGAGAGACGGAGUUCCGCAGCGGAACUUUAGGUCAGCCACAAACAGCUCCGUUUUUCGAAUACUCGAAACCCUCCUUGCACCGCCGCGGGUGUGUAUUCAGAUGCGUGGGUACACACCUGCGGCGUCUCCGAAUUGCUUUUUUUUUUAUAUAUAUAUACAUAUAUAACACACGAUGUGCUGACAUAUUUUAGCGACGGUCAGCAGUUUUCUAACUUGUGCCUAAGAAUUAUUGGGAAAUGAAAAAUGCAUUUCUAUCUAGUUUCCUGGAGAUAUUUCUACCCAAAAUAGAAAAAAAAAAAAAAAAAAAAAAAAGAAAAAUCAAGCAAGCAAGCAAGCAUGAGACCAAGUGGUACCCUGCUUACCCUAAACACCAGCGAUUUGUAGAUGGUAACUGCCUUUGGAGCAACUAGCUUCUUAGUCCAACGCGAGGUGGGGUCACUCUCAGCCCAUUGCAGGAUUUAAUUAUGACUUCUCCCAUCCCAAGGAGGUAAAAUGUCGCAGGGUGUGGGGGAGGGGGGGACCGGAGGGAUCACAUGGUCUGGCCAAUGUUUUUCCCCUUAUCAAUUCAUUAUAAUCUUGAAAACACCAGUUUUGCUCCCCGCCCCCAAACCCAAAUGGCACCUUGCAAAUCCACCAUUAAGAUAUUAUUGCAUCCUCAGGAAAACACGGACGCAUGCGACCUUUGCGAUGAGGGUAAGCAUGAACUCGGAGACUAUCUAGACCAUGCAUGACCCAUCCUCAUGGAGGAGGAGUUCCGGUAGGGGCCGACAUGGCCCUAACCAUCGCCUCUCAUAGGCAACACCCCCAUUUUUCAGUUUGGUUCUAUGACUCGACCCCAUCACUGCACAUCAAGAUGGCUCAGGGGUUCUAGUCAAGGCUUCCGGAAACCAGCCUUUCUCUCUUGGGGAAAGGGUGGGGUGAGGAAGCCAGUUCUAAAGGUGCUAGAUCAUGUCCCUUCUGCUGGAGGGUCACCAGGGCUGCACCUGGCUGUGGUCCCGUCUUAGCCCCAGAAGGCUCUCCCAAACAAGGGAACGCAGUGAAACGGCCAGUCAGCAUCCAUCAGCCACUGGACUGGCCUUCGUCUCUAAUGAGGUAGAGUUAGAACAUGAAAGGUAUUCAUGUAGUGCUGUGGAAGAUUAGAAGCAUGACCCACAAAAGAGAAGUAGUUUUAACGGGCAGUACCGUGCCGCGCUGAAUGAUGCCUUUGUUUCCUGUAUGUGACAAGAGACCCUCCGUUUUCUAAGCAUGGGCCUGUCUGUCUGGAGCAGGCCCAAGAUGAGGAGAGCCACGGAGCCAAGAAGACGGUGUCAGGCACUCCAAGGACACACAUACCUGACACCGAGACAAGUGUGGUCAACAUCCCUCCUGUGGCUCCAAGCUGGGCUUCCUUGGUCUCGGGUGCAUCUGACUGUAGUCACCCUCCGCGGGUCUCGCCCAUUCUGGAGGCAUGCACGGUAGAUACACAGAGAAGAAACAGGUCUUUUUUUCCCUUUGGCUCUGCAUGAUCCUGGGAUACCAAGCUGGGCAUCCCCUAAGAGUAGCUCAUGCCAUGUCAGUUCAACACACACAACUAUUUGUUCUUUUAGCAGGCACAGCCUGCGGACGUUACGUUCGGUUGGCCGCUUAGCUCUCCGAGUUAGGACCCGCCUCCUCAGCUGUGCCCGCCGACGGCAGGUUCUCAGCAAUACAGAGUUCGAUGUGAUUAUAGGAUGUGGUACAGUACGUUAGGCUGUUGUGCUUGAAGUGGUAGCGAUGUUAGAUCUGUGUACCCUCAUUAGGUGGACUAGAGCUUUGCCCUAAUCAGCCUCGACCUUGGGCACUUGAAUACAUCUCCCCAUGGCCCUGGCUUUGUUUCUCCAUCCCAGACACCCAUCAAGUAUGGUGCCCCAUUUGAAUUAAGUUCUGAGAUCCAGGUGGCCAGAGCUGCUAUGGCCUCUCCCAUGAUUCCUCUGUCUCCAUGCUGGUACCAUCCGGACCUCUCGGCGUGGAAACCCCGCGUCUGUCUUCCUUCCCAGGUUGGGACACCGCGUCCUCCCGUCCUGCCACAGACAGGCCUGCCAAACAGCUAGGUUCUUCAUGGAGUCAGGAGGUCCCGCUGGCUGGCACUAACUCAGUUGCCUCGGGCUGGGGCUACAUUCCUGCGAUGUCAGGGCGGGUUUGGGGCUUGAGGUCAGGUACUCUGGGAUUAGUUGAAGGGGGCACAGUGUUCUUUGUCCUGCCCCCUUCCAGUUAACUGUUCCAUAUUUGUGUUGAACUCUAAAGAUUAUUAAAAUGAACCUGGGGGACUUCCCAUGA